CAAGCUAUAAUUUAUUUUUACUACCAUAUUCAUAGUCUAAUUCUUUAUUUCGCAAAAAGGAAAUAUUUAUUUCAAUUCAAAUUGCUAUAAUAUUUAGUGGUGUUCAAUUUAUUUUUAUUAGUAUUGAACUAGGUAGAUAUAUAUUUUUGACCGGUUAAAUAUAAAUGGAUGAUAACUUUGCUUUGCUUCCUUUUCGCUCGUUAUGUGAAAAAAAUUAAAAUGGCGGGUGGUAUUUGUUCUUGAUAUGAUUUUAGUUUCAUUUUAUUGAUAGUAAUAUUGUGCCUGAUACUUACCUAAAAUAAGAUAUAUAUAUAUAUAAAGAAGUUGUUUAGCUGCUGUAUCUCAAAGAAAAUAACAAGUAAAAUGGCAUCAGACGAUGAAAUGUUUGUUAUAAUCGUCGACGAUGAUUAUGAUGAUUUAGAAUCUAGGAGUGAAAAUACAAAAUUUCUGAUGAAUUUUGAAGUUAAAGAAGAACCUUUGGAUGAAGAUACCGAAAAAAAAGUUGAUACUGAUAUUUUACAAAUGGCAUUAAGGUAUGGGCAGGUAGAAUAUAUUUUGCCUGAUAAUUCUAAUACAAAUCGUAUUAAUGAAGUUCAAAUUAAACUAGAAUUAAUAGAAAAUUGUAACGAAAACGCAGUAAAACAGGAAGAUCUUCAUCCUGAAGAGAGUUACAACACAGGUGAACAGGAGGAUGAUGCAGAUCCUGACCAAGGUGGUGGUACUCAUAGCGAUGAGGAAUAUUCCCCUGAAGUAGAGUAUGUGGAAAGUGAUGAUGUUAUAUCUGAUGACAACAUCAGAACAUUUGAAGGAUUUAAUAAAAAAGAAAGUAUAGUACGUGUUUUGAAACCAGAACAGUGGAUAUCAUUUGUAGAUGUUUUAAGACAUAAAAAUCCAGAGCUCAAACAAGACUCGACUAAGUUAGUGAAUGCUUUGGUGGAAGUUAUGAAAGGAAUUAAAAGACCACCACCACCUUCAAAUUACUAUGUAAUGAAAAAAGACCUUUAUGAGUGCGUAUUUUGUGGUGCUCGCACAAAGACAAACCCUGCCGCCUGGCUUCACUAUCAAGAAAAGCAUGGGAAACGUUACCUCACCUGCUUUGCUUGUGGCAUGACGUUCAGAAGCACAACAAAUUUAUACAAACACGAGAAACUGUGUCCAGCACCAGACGCUACCGUCGUGUUAAAAGCUCGCGCGCUUACCCUCGGCCGUAAGGGGCGCAGUCGUCCGUUCAUGCCAAAAUACGAUAAAAAAGCGCAGCAGAAUAAAACACGAUACCCAUGUGAGUUGUGUUCAGCGGUGUUCAACAGCAAAUACAACUUGAGGUCGCACGAGUAUUUACAUCGCGGCGAGCGGCCGUACCGUUGUCACGCCUGCCCUGCUGCGUACACAAGCGUAUCUGCUCUAAGGCGCCACGAAGCGAAGCAUAGCAACAUCAAGUUUAUAUGCGAUCACUGUAAACGAGAGUUUGUAUCGAAAACUAAUCUUGUCACACACAUGGAUACUCAUCUACCGGAGCCCCGGUUCGCGUGUGACGCUUGUCCGCGGCGAUACGCGACUCGCGCGGCGCUGCAGCUGCACCAGCGCCGGGAGCACCUGCGGCUGCCGCCACCCUGCGCCUGCCAGCUUUGUCCUAGAAGAUAUCCACGUAUGUCAGUAUUGAAAAAUCAUAUGAGAAAAGUGCACGGGAUGGUUUUGAUGACACGCAGGAUGUUUUUCAAGCAACUACCAUCGCUACCCGACUCUCAAUUAGUGCAACCUAACGCGCCCACAACUAAAAUUAAUUUAAUAGAACCUGUAGACAAAGAUGAAGAGAUUUUAGACGAGCAGACAGGUUUGAUUCAACGGAGAAACUUAAACGAUGUAAUGACGUCACUGACAUGUCCGGUGUCUUACAUAUUCACCAAAAUAAAGGAUGGUAUGCAGAAUGAAGACGAUAGGGAAAGGAGAAAAAACCGAAAGAAAAAUAAUAAGGCGUCAUAGAGCAUUAUAUAUAUAUAUAUAUAUAUAUAUAUAUAUAUAUAUAUAUAUAUAUAUAUAUAUAUAUAUAUAUAUAACCUGCUUACCCUACAUUUUUUAUUAAUCUAUUCCCUGCAUUCUACAUAAAUUACAAACGAAUUUAUUGUUUUUUUAUUUUUUAUUUUACACAUUAUUUAACAAUUUAAAUAUGUCUUUUUAUCAAAUGUAAUAAUUUAAAAAGAAAACACAAAAAGUGUUUUACAUAAAUUCAUUUUUAAAUUAGUUAUUUAUUUAUUUAUUAAGGACAAUAGCACAUUAUUACACAUGAUAAUAUUAUACAUAAAGUUUUAAAAAUGACCCAAAAAGUUUUAAAAUAAAAACAAAACAAUUGUGUCAAGUAAACAGAAAAACAACAGAUAGAUACGUUUUCGCUGCCGCAUGCGGCAUGCAUGCAUGCAUGUUCUUUCAUACGAAUAUUAUAACAAAAACUUGUCUAUUCGUUUGUCAUUUGUAUAGAACUCUCCUAGUCCUACUAUUCAGUCAACUGACUGAAUAUAGAUAGAUACAGGUGUAAAAGUUUGAGUACAUUAAGCCGAAAUCCAAGAGUAAUAAUGUAAUUGUACAAUUUCUCCAAGGAACUAUAAAAAAAAAAUGUAUUAUUAAUUUUUUAAAAGCCAAAAAUUAAAAAAAAAAAUUAUAUGUCAAUAUAUAUUUACACUCUGUGGGAAUACUUUAUAUAGUAUAUGCAUUAAGGUGCAAGUGACAGGACAUUAAAUCUAUAGAAAAAAAUACCAAAUUUUUUUUUUUGAUGUGUGAAAAUGGUAUGGUAACCCCACCUGCGCUAACGGGAUAUGCUGGCGGAGCACCAGUGAAGGGUGAUAGAUGAGAAUGAAAACAGACCAGUUAGCCCAUCAUGAUGAAUUCAUCAGGAAUUAACCAUGAUAGUUUCCAGGUGGAACCGCGAGGAGGUCGACCUGGUUGGGUAUAUUGCUAACAAUGGGAUUCUCAGUCUCCAUUACUAACAAUCCCUUUCCCCCCUUCCCCCAAAAUCUUUAUUGAUUCAAUAAAACAUUGUGAACAAAUAUCAGUUACGAUUUUUAGUUUGACAUUGAUUUCAAUUUUAUGAAAAUUUAUGGAUCGACGCCCUCCUCGCUUUUAAUUGCUGUGCCCUACAGGGUCUACAAUAUACUAUACCAAUUACUAACGUCUUUUAUAAUAAUAUUGUAGAAUGCAAUAAAUAAAUUGAAUUGAAUUCAAAAAUAUAGUAGAAAAUGCCAUAAAUUGUUAGCCCUCCAACGAACCAUGCUACGAAGCGCAGGAUAUAUUGGAAUUGAACUAAAAUAUACAUAAAUGAUCAUAAUUAUAUUUGUAACAAGUCUAAUAUGCCCUUUGAGAAAAAUUCUUCAGUUACAAAUGGUACUUGGAUUAAGACUUUUUAUACUUUUUCUUGUUAUUCCUUGUGCCCUUAACAAAUUUAGUUAGGAAUUUGUUAUCUAGUUUUUAUUGUGCAGUAUAAUAAAGACAAAGCACUGACAGAACAAGUUUCAGUUGGUGUGUGUAGCAAGACUAUAUGUGUCAAAUGUAAAAGCUGUGAUACAAGCAUUGUGCAUCACAAUAUCACAUCACAUACUUUCUUAUAAUACAUACAUAUUAACUUAUAAUCUGAGAUGCAUCAGGUUUUUUUUUUUAAUGAAUACAAUGGUAACCUUGCUUACACUAUUGGUACGUGUGUAACUGAAAUAUAUAUAUAUAUAUAUAUAUAUAUAUAUAUAUAUAUAUAUAUAUAUAUAUAUAUGUACAUAUUUUUUUUUAUUAAAAAAAUUUAUAAUGAAUAAACUGUUAACCAGUGUGGCGGUAACUGUACUAAUAACUUUGUAUAUUUGAUUUUAAAAUUUAAUUAUACGCUGUCGGGGUACCAGUAAAGAACAAUAUGUGAGAUAUCAGGCCCUCUAGACAAGUGGCAAGCGAAUUCGUCGAUGGAAUCGAUAUUGCUAGUGAAUCCGUGAGUUAGAAUGGAACAUCCGACAUUGCUAUUUCAUUCUAUCUCACGGACUCGCUAGCUAUGUCGAUUCUAGCGACUAAUUCGGUUGUCACUUGUCUACGAGGGCCAGGUCAGCCUGGUUUCUGGGAAAGUCAACUUACUAGCAAAUGGGGCUGUAAAACCCCAUUAGUAACUACGCUCUUCCCCUCGGUAGCAAUGUUAUGACUUAACAUUGUAUUGUGUAAUAUGUACUAACAUAUUUGAGGCCUAUAAAAUGAAAGGCAGCUAAACGUCAUAAAUUUGAUUUCAUUUUCACUCUGUAUUCAAAUAUAGAAGGAGUUCUAUUAAUUAAAAUCCAAAUUAUUACUAAUAUUCUUAUUUUUUUUUCAAUACGGUUAAAGAUAUAGAAUAUCGUUCCAUAUCCUUGACAAAAUAUUAGUUUUUGUAGUUUUCUGAACAUUUAACGGACUUAUUUAUUCUUACUUACUUAUUCUUACUUUCCUAUACAUAGCCCAAUAAAAAACAACUUUAUCAAGCUAUUUGACAAAUUUACAAAUUAACAAAUACUAGAAUGCAAUAAUAUAAAUAAAUAUAAUAUGUUUAUUUGUUUAUGCAUUGUUAUUUCAAUGAAGAUAUGCUAAGAUUUUUUGAGUCGAGUAUAGAAAAGUAAAAUAUAUAUGUUCUCGAAAUGUGUCAUAAAAACAACAUUGUCUAACAGCUUCUUUGUAGAUCGCCAUUUAUAGGUAUUUAUAAAUUUAGUUUACUGGUGCAUAAGCAAACUACAAUUUGUUAUAAUUUAUUUAUCUUAAUUUCCUUUAAAGUGUUGAAUGAAAUACAUCCAGAAAGAUCAAUUUAAAUAUUUGUUUUAUUUAA